AUGGCCUUCCCAGUCGAAAUACAGGACCUCAUCUUUCAAGAGCUCGAGAUGGGCGAGCUCCCACCCGUGCUGAGGGUCAACAGCCACUUCAACUCUAUCGGCACUCGCAUCCUCUACCGAAUCAUACCAGAACUACCCAUGAACCGGUGCAUCGCAUGUCUGAAGGUCCUCUGUGCAACACCCGCAAAUGCGGCCCUUGUCCGCAAACUCAGCAUUGACUGGUCGAGCCACCGCAUCGUCGCAAACCUCUUCCGCCUCCUCCGCUCCACGCUCUCCCAUCUCUCCGCCCUCCGCCACCUGAGCAUCGAGCUCUCCCCACAAGACAACCACUACAGCCUCGCCUGGCUGCUGCACGGCUGCCAGUCGCGCCUGCGCACGCUCGGCACGUCCAUCCGCUGCGACCCGCAGCUGGCGGAGGUGCUCGAGACGCAGCCCGAGCUCGUCGAGCUCUGCCUGCGCGGCUUCCAGACGAAGCAGCCGUUCACGCUCUCCGACGGCGCGAUGCCGCGCCUGCGCAUGUUCCGCGCCGUGCACGCCGGGCCCGCGGUCAUCUCGAGCGUCGUGCGCGGGCGCCCGGUCGAGGGCAUCUCGCUCUCGAUGUUCAUCGAGGACGCCUUCCUGCCGCUCGACGCGCUCAUGCUCUCGAGCCGGCCCAUCAAGCGCCUCACCAUCAUGUCGCUCGACAACACCCCGCCGAACGUGCUCCUCCCCGAGAUCGCGAACCGGCUCCCGGAGCUCGAGGCGCUGCACGUCGUCGUGCUUAUGGCGAUGUUCGACAGGGCGACGCUGCAAGAUUCCGGGCCGACGCUGGCGAGGUUUUCAGACCUGCGUUAUUUGACGUUCAUGGCCGCUGGCUCAGCAUCGAUAGAGGACGAGGGCGAAAUUGCACGGACGUGGGGGAAGGCAUGUCCGACUCUGCGGACCAUCAUCCUGCCCAAGGGCAAGGUGUGGUUUGAACGUGACGGGAAGUGGACCUGUUGUGGAUAAGCGGAUCGUGUGGCGGGAGGUGGGAAGUGGGGGGAAGGAUGGAACUUGAAGUCUUGGGGUUGCUAGACGGUACGUGGUUCGCGGACUUGGCUUCUCGCAGAACGGACCGUGAAAGCCCGGGGUGUAGAGUCGACGGCCGGGCACCGUAUUGGUUCGGAGGACCCUGCUGUCGCGCGCGAAGAGGGGUGUACUGUAUUCACCGUGUUUUCUUUCUCCAGGGCUCUCGCUAUGUAUCACGCACGUGUAUUAGUAUCCGUUCCAA